UGGCCUGUUGCAUUCAUGUCUGGGGAAUACAUCAACACCCUCACCGAAAAUGCCUCCCGACUGGGUUUACGACUGCAGGAAUCGAUCAGCGAGCAUACCAGGGAUAUCGCGAAGGGUAGAAGUUCCCCGUAUUAUGACUCACCCGACGACAAGGGCAGAGAUAUUCGCAAGCAGCUCGAUUCUAGCAGUGAUAGGGAGAAGCUUGACGCGAUGAAGAGGCUGAUAGCACUCAUUUCCAAAGGUCGUAAUGUCUCCGAAUAUUUUGCCCAGGUCGUCAAGAACGUCGCCUCUCAAAAUCUCGAGAUACGGAAACUUGUCUACAUUUACCUUUUGAAAUAUGCAGAACAAGAACCCGACCUUGCUUUGCUCUCUAUUAACACGUUCCAGAAGGAUCUCACCGACAGUAAUCCCCUCAUACGCGCAAUGGCCCUACGUGUUCUCAGCGGAAUCAAGGUGCCCAUGAUUGGAAACAUCGUUGUUCUCGCAAUCAAGAAAUGUGCCGCAGAUAUUAGUCCCUACGUAAGGAAAGUCGCCGCCUUGGCCAUCCCAAAAUGCUACGACCUCGACUCAAGCCACCUCUCUUCCCUCAUCGAAAUAAUUGUCACCCUUCUUCGAGAUCGCUCACCUCUAUCUAUCGGAAGCGUGGCUGUCGCCUUCGACGCGGUUUGUCCCACUCGUCUUGAUCUACUACACAAGCACUAUCGACGUCUCUGCAAAACGCUUGUCGAUGUCGAUGAAUGGGGCCAAAUAAAUCUUCUUGCUCUCCUACUCCGAUAUUCUCGCAUCAUGUUACCACGACCUGUCCUGAGAGGCGAGGAAGAGGACAUUGACAAGGACGUAAAGCUGCUCUUGAAUUCUGCGGAGCCUCUUUUCUUCAGCAGAAACCCUGCGGUGGUUCUGGCCGCUGCCCGUGUUCUUUACUAUGCCGGACCUCCCUCAUAUCACGCUAAAAUCGUCCAGCCAUUGCUCCGGCUAUUAUCAGUCUCUAAAGAAAUAGAACGAGUCGUCCUUGCAUACACGCUAAUAGUCGCCUCGGCCUCCCCAGCAUUAUUCUCUCCAUUCUACACUCGAUUCAUCCUUUCAUCCGAUGAUCUCCGGCAAGUCAAAAUCGACAAGAUAAAAAUGUUGCUCAUCAUCGUUACCUUUGACAAUUACUCCACAAUCCUUCGCGAAUUCAUAGACUAUGCAGAAGACAUUGACGACGAGGUAGCAGCCGCAUCUAUUCGUGCAAUUGGGCGAUGUGCUAGCAUCAUACCGGAAUCCGUCCAACAAUCCCUUACGGCUCUAAUUGGCAUGAUCAAUAGUCCACACGACACGAUCGUCAAUACGGCAGUUGUAGUCCUCAAGAACAUGGUCCAGGCUCAACUCUCCUCGAGGCGCCCCGCUGCCAUCGGUCUAUCCCAGUCUCCGCUCGCCAUAAUAUCCCAGCUCGCCCGGAAAAUCGAUGAUAUCCGACAUCCACAAGCAAGAGCUUGCGUCGUAUGGCUCGUAGGCCAAUAUGCCGCUUCAGAAGAAGGAACACCCUCUCGCCUAGAAGGCGUAACAGACUGGGCGCCAGAUGUCCUACGGAAAAUGGCCAAGACGUUUUCACAAGAGGAAUCCGUAGUCAAGCUCCAGGCUAUCACCCUCGCAGCAAAAUUAUUCGUUCUUUGUCCAGUUGACCGCACCUUGGGCCUUCUCAACCAAUACAUCUUCCUACUCGCCCGUUACGACAUAAACUACGACGUCCGUGACCGAGCAAGAAUGCUAUCCUCAUUACUCUCGGGGAUAAAUUUCAGCAUACCUGUAGCCAACGGUGUCGACGCUCCAGCAGAGCGUGAAGGAGUCGUCCUUCGCCGCGAACAAGUUAGGAUGGUCCUCUUCGAGGGAAAGGCUGGUAUAAUCGACGUCGAUCCGGUUAUUACAGAUCCUCAUGUCAUGCUCGGAUCGUCCAAUGCAGUCACCGGGAAACCCACCCUGGGCGAACCCAUACUCCCCGACUGGUUAGAGAAGGGCGUAGAGUCGUCUCUAAGGGAUACAGAAGAAGACAUCGCCCCGCCGCCUGUCGUUCCCGUUGCACUGUCUUCAGCAGAACAGCAAAAAAUGCGAGAACGGGUGUCGUUGACGCCCACAUCGCGUGCGGAUGCGGGUGCACAGGGACCGAGUUCGAAGAUUCUUCUGACAGAUCUGGAUAAGUUUUACGAAGAGGAUGAUGAAGAGGAGGAGGAAGAGGAGGAGGAGGAAGAGGAAGGGGGCGACGAGGGCGAAGAGGAAAGCGAGGGUGAAGAUGAUCACCCAUCGAAUGACUCGGAGUCUGAGGAGGGGAGUACUGACGAUGCAUCUAGUGAAGAGGAAGACAUAGACAAACCAUACAGACCCUCUGUUGCAUAAUUUUACCCCUACCUCUAUCUAUAAUUCGAUAUCACUAUCUGGUCCUUGUCUGACCAAACGAUGGCCCGACGAUCAAGUGCUUUCGUAAUCAUUGGCGGGGUAGACGUCGCACUGUCGGUGUUGCAACACUAUGGGCCAGACGCGUUUCGAUGCGCAUAGAACCUCGAAAAAGACGAUGAGAAUGUUCGUGUUAUCGAGAAGAGCAUAAGGCCAAGUCAACGAUCGAUAAAGCUAGUCAAGAAUUCCUCGUCUAUCGUACAGAUGACGUAGAGAUACAAUUACAUUCUUUGUUUCGACUGCAUCCAACAUCCGCUUCAAACAACCUCACGACUGUUAGUCAUAUACCCAACACCCGCUUUGAGGAUACGCUCAAUGACAGCAAGCUCUUCGUCAUCCCGAGGCCCAUAUAUCAUC